AUGGCGUCGCCGCCGCCGCCGCUGGUCUCCAUCCCCAUCCCCGACGACCUCCUGGAGGAGAUCUUCCUCCGCCUGCCCACCCCGGACGCGGUCGCCCGCGCCUCCGCCGCCUGCACCUCCUUCCGUCGCGUCAUCAAAGGCCGCGCCUUCCGCCGCCACUUCCGCGCGCUCCACCGGCCUCCCCUCCUCGGCUUCAUGGACGCGGCCGGAUUCCACCCGGCCCAGGCGCCGCACCCCUCCGCUCCGCUCGCCGGCGCCCUCGCCCCCUGCGCCGCCGAUUUCUCCUUCAUCCCCGCCGUCGUUUCUUCUGCCUCCUACACCCCGCGGGGCGUCCAAGCCGACGGGGAAGGCCCCCGCGACGUCCGCGACGGCCGCGUCCUCCUCGAUUGGGUCUCCCUCCACCCACGCGCCAUGCGCAUAUGCUGCUACAUGGAAGACGGCUACGAAGUAAGCAUCCUCAUGGAUUUCGGUGAGCUCGCCCCGCGUGACCGCCCCACCUGGACCGAACGGGAGCGGUGCAACGCCGCCGAGUUCCACCUCGCCGUCUGUGACCCCCUGUCCAGCAGAUACGUGCUGCUUCCAACCAUACCCGAGGAGCUCGCCGUCCAGCCGCAAGAUUACCUUCGGGAAUUCGAGCCUGUGCUCGCUCCCAACACCAGCGACGACGGCGAGGAGGAACACUUCAAGGUGAUAUGCAUAGCAAAAUACCACACAAAGCUCGUCCUCUUUGUCUUCCCGUCCACAACUAUGCAAUGGUCUAUAGUGGAGUCUCCUAUUUUCCCUUCUUUGAAACACAUGUCAUGUUUUGACUGCGUGCACGGAUGCUUCUACUGGACAGAGCCUUAUGACAGGAGUGACCAUUUGAUGGUGUUGGACACGUGCACUUUGAGGUUUUCCACUGUCGACCUUCUCACAGGUUACCAUGUGGAGCUCAGAGAUCUGCCUGACCAGAGCUUUGAUCGUCGGCGCCCAAAUGCUGUUGUUUUGGGCAGAGAAGGAACCCUUGAGAUGUUUUCUCUUGUCCGUCAACACGGAUCGUUUGCCCUCUAUCAUACCUCUCUGCAGAAUAAUUCGCAGGAAUGGAAGCUUGAGAAGGUCAUACCGCUGCCUUGGCAGUAUCAUGACUAUUCCAUUUCCACAGUGGGUGCAGCUGAGGGAUUCUUGUUCUUCCGAGGCACUCUAGAAGGGAUUCCUGAUGAGAAUGUCAACGUGGAUUGCUACUCCAUGGAGGUCAAGACAUAUGGAAUUACCAAAGUCUGUACAAAGACGGAGAAGUACUUCAACCGCACAUGUACCCUCCCAUACUUUAGCUUCUCACCGCUGUUAUCGGAACCAACUAUCUGA